AUGCAUGGAAGCGAUCUAGAGAACCGACCGGAAACCAAUGAAAGAAUACCACGAUGGAGCCUUGGUGUGCUCAACCCAAAGGACACACUGGCCCCCCUGGCGCCGCAACCUCGCCCUCCUCACAAUAGGUCUCUACUCCCUCCUCGGCGGUGGAACAACCCCCCUCCUCGCAGCAGGCUUCACCAACAUCUCCCAAAUCUUCUCCCUCCCCCUCCACCGCAUCUCCCUCACUACCGGCCUCGUAAUGCUCGGCAUCGGUAUCGGCUGUCUCCUCGCCUCCCCCACGGCGAUCUCUACGGGAAACGUCCCGUUUACCUAGCCGGCUCCCUCAUUUUUCUCCUGACAUGUGUCUGGUGCGUGUUAAGUCCGACGUUUGAGAGUUUAUUGCUUGCACGGUUUGUGCAAGGGGUGGCAAUCAGUCCUGUGGAGGCGCUGCCGAGCGCGACUAUCACGGAGAUAGGGGUUUACGGGCUUUGUUUGUUGGGGGGGAAGAAUUUGGUGCCGGUGAUGGGGGCGGGGGUUGUUCAUGCUUUGGGGUGGAGGUGGGGUUUUUGGGUGAUGGGGGUUGGGGUUUGUGGGGUUGGGUUGUGGGAGUUGGUGCCGGAGACGUUUUGGGAUAGGGGAGCUCCAGACGUGAUGGUUUGGGGGAGAUGGGUAUAUCAAAGCAGGAAGGUAGUAGAUGGUCUGGGGAGACGGUUGAGAUGUUUGAGCUGGUCGAGACGACUAACGAUCCUGCCACUACCUCAAUAUCUGCAGCUUGUUCAUCGUCAUCCGAGACGCCUGGGAACCAGGAUGUGGAAAAGAGGGCAACGGAACAUCAAGCGACGCCCCCGAGACGAAACGAUUACACCAGUCGCAUGGCGGCACGACCAAACGGGUCGUUCAGGACACAUCUACUGCCGUGGCACGGCAGAUUACCAGAGGAUGAACGCUGGUUACGUGUGGCGGCUAGACCGUUCUUCCUGUUUGCCUACCCGGCCAUCCUCUGGUCAGCGAUUACCCACUCUUUUAUCACUUGGUGCUUUCUCGACUGGCUUGGUGUAUAUUUCUGCAUUUAUUGCUAUGGCUCGCAAAAACGGAGGGGUGUUUGAGCCCGAGUUUCGACUGGUGAUGAUGAUGCCGGUGACCAUCACUACGGUAGUUGGGUUGGUGGGUUUUGGGUGGAGUGCUGAGGUGCAAGAUGCUUGGAUUGUUCCGACGGUGUUUUUUGGGAUUAUUUCUUCUGGAUAUUCAUUGGGUUCGACGACCGCCAUCACUUUCUGUGUGGAUAGUUACCGAGAAUUUGCCGGAGAGGCCCUUGUCGCAUUAAACUUCAGCAAGAACAUUUUCCACGGCUUGGUCUUCAGUCUCUUCAUUACUGGAUGGAUCCAGACUGACGGCUCGAAGAUUGUGUACAUUUGGAUUGGGAUUAUUCAGUUGCUGGCGAUGUUCUCUACAUUAUCGUUGUUUUUUUUUUGGGAAGAGGGCGCGGUAUUGGGCGUCAAAACAAGCGUUCCAUGA